AUGGCCACUCCAGGGGGUUGCGUGUCAUACCUAAGAAAUCAGACUCGGGAAGCACCGAACUCCCUCAAUCUGAAAGGUCCCCUCUGUGCCCAGCAACAGGAACGUUCAUCAGAUUGUAAAACUUCUGAUAAGAAAGAGGCUACAUCAAAGCAAGAAAUUACUAAAGCAAGAAAGUUACAUAGAACAAUAUGGGAAGAAUUCCUAAGUGAAGCUUCCCAGGGAUUGAAGUUUACAGAAGUCUCUGAAAUGCAGGACAGUUUAGAAAGGCAGAGAGAGGUCCUUCGUAGAACUAUCAUUUACAAGAUGACUCCUGGAGGAAAAAUAAGCCACGAACGUAAAGACUAUAAAAGAAGCUUCUGUCUGAGCUCAAACGUUGAACUUCAGGAAAGUCACAAAGGAGAGAGACCUCAUAAAUGUGAAGCAUGUGGCAAAAGUUUCAAAUAUCAGUCAGAUAUUAUUAAGCACUUGAGAAUUCACACUGGAGAGAAGCCUUAUGAAUGUAAGGAAUGUGGAAAAUUCUUUAGCCAGAGCUCAGAUGUUACCAAACAUCAGCGAAUUCAUACUGGAGAAAAACCCUAUGAAUGUAAUGAUUGUGGGAAAACUUUCAUUCAUAGCUCACAUGUUAUUAGACAUCAAAGAAUUCUUAAUGGAGAGAAGCCUUAUCAAUGCAGUGAGUGUGGAAAAACUUUUAGCCAGAGCUCAAACCUUAUUCGACAUCAGAGAAUUCAUACUGGAGAAAAGCCCUAUGAAUGUAAUCAUUGUGGUAGAUCUUUCAAUCAGUUUUCAUUACUUAUUGAACAUGCAAGUAUUCAUACUGGAGAGAAACCAUAUCAAUGUAAGGAAUGUGGAAAAACAUUUAGUCACAGCUCAGAUGUUAUUAAACAUCAGAGAAUUCAUACUGGAGAGAAGCCCUAUAUAUAUCAUGAGUGUGGAAAAACCUUCAGUUGCAUUGUUCAACAUCAGAGAACUCACUCUGGAGAAAAGCCUUAUAAAUGCAGCGAAUGUGGAAAAGCUUUUAUUCGGAGCACACAGCUUAUCAAGCACCAGAGAACUCAUAGUAAAGAGCACAUUCCAAAGAACAAACCAAUUAAUGUAAUGAAAAAAGAAAAAGGAGACUCUGGGAGAGCAGAGAAUCCAGUUUAA